AUGUCGCAACAGGACCUCGUAGAAGUCGUGACGGACGUAGUCGUCGUUCAGUAUUGUACAAAUUUCGAUGCCGUCAAAGCAUCGACACUGGAAGCAAUCCGCGAGUUAUUGUUGAGAUUCUUACAAGAUCUAAGUGAAGCAGCGCACAAAAAGGCGACCUCAUUGGGGAGAACAAACGUCAGCGUACUUGAUGUGCUGGAGUUGACGGUUCAGCGCGGUGAAGAGUUGGAGAGUCUUCUCUACCAAGAGCACAUAAAUGCUGAUUCAAGUAGAGCCAAACACCCCGCGCACCUACCGGGUGAGCUUCGUGUGAAGCGAAAGCCAAAAUUACACAGCAAGAUUUCUGAUGCGACAGGUGUACUACCAUCUUUUAUACCAUCUUAUUUGCAGGUACUACCUGGCAAAAAUACGUUGGUUGACAGUGGAAGGAUAAACCACGCAGUUUCCUCGAAUAGUGACAACGAGUCUUCGCAAGUUGAAACGAACGUGCAUUUUUUUGAAGGCAAUGAGUGUUCAACCGAGAGAAGACCGCUAAACGCGCCCAAUAGUGUAAAACUGUACAGAUCAGCUGGAGUUCAGGACUCGAAUAGUUUGAAGCAUUUCGAUUUAACGAACCAUGCAUCGAGCGCUGUUAUACCGUAUCAAGUUACUCCGACACCCUCAGAGUCUUCUAAACCAGGAUUUCAGCAGCGGGCAAUGAAGGAGUCUUUGCUAGUUCAAAGCACUAUACACGGUGACUUUUCUGUAUACGAGGUCGGCCCAGCAGACGGAUAA